AGGAGGGUUUGUUGGGAGUGCAAGACAAUCAGUCUAGCCUGUUAAGUUGCCUCUUUGUUUUCUCCUCUUCUGCAACUUCAAAGCAGAACCAGCCCCCGCACUUUCUCUCCCUUCUUCGAGCACCUCAUUUGUUCAUUUCCAAUCCAAAUAAUGGGAGACAAAGGUACGCCCAAAUCUGGUGUUUGGCCCACCGUUAAGCCCUUCGUCAAUGGCGGAGCCUCUGGUAUGCUUGCUACCUGUGUCAUCCAACCGAUUGAUAUGAUCAAGGUGAGAAUUCAAUUGGGUCAGGGAUCAGCUGCCCAGGUCACCAGGACCAUGAUUAAAGAGGAAGGCUUUGGUGCUUUGUAUAAGGGACUCUCUGCUGGGCUACUAAGACAAGCUACAUAUACCACAGCUCGUCUUGGAUCAUUUAGGAUUCUGACAAACAAAGCAAUUGAGGCCAAUGAUGGGAAGCCUCUACCUCUAUACCAGAAAGCCUUGUGUGGGCUAACUGCUGGUGCCAUUGGAGCAUCUGUUGGAAGUCCAGCAGAUUUAGCACUCAUUCGUAUGCAAGCUGAUGCUACUUUGCCUGCUGCUCAGCGCCGUAACUACACAAAUGCUUUCCAUGCUCUAUAUCGUAUUACUGCAGAUGAAGGGGUUUUGGCACUUUGGAAAGGUGCAGGCCCUACUGUAGUUAGAGCAAUGGCGUUGAACAUGGGAAUGCUUGCCUCUUAUGAUCAAAGUGUUGAAUUUUUCAAGGAUUCCCUUGGAUUUGGUGAAGGUGCUACUGUCUUGGGUGCCAGUACCGUUUCAGGGUUUUUCGCUGCCGCUUGCAGUUUGCCCUUUGACUAUGUGAAAACCCAAAUUCAGAAAAUGCAGCCUGAUGCUGAGGGAAAGUAUCCAUACACUGGCUCUUUUGAUUGUGCCAUGAAAACCUUGAAAGCAGGAGGACCAUUGAAAUUUUACACUGGGUUUCCUGUAUUGUGUUAGAAUUGCCCCCCAUGUCAUGAUGACAUGGAUUUUCCUCAACCAGAUCCAGAAGUUGGAAAAGAACUUUGGGUUGUAGUUUUCUUCGUGGACGGAUAUUUCUGCUGGAGUUCAGUUCAAACUUCAAACAAUAAUUUUUCUAGUUGUGUUGUAGUCUUGUUCUGCGAAAACACGCCUACAAAGUCGAACUAAUUAUUGGGAAUUCUAAUAUCGGAGUUGGGAGUAGGAUUUACUGGAAUUUAUGAUAUUUGUACUAGUAAUUUUUCGGGUGUGACUGGAAUUGUAGGAGGAUUACACCCCGUCUUAUUGAUUCUGAAGUUGAGUACUUGAGAGGGAUCCUCUCGUUAGGAACAAUUGGACAAGAAAUGAAUGUCGAAGCGAAAUAAUGAGUUUUGUACACCACAUUAGAAAGCGGGGUUUGGCAUUUUGAAGCAUACUCUGCAAGUUUAUAGUUUGUGUUCCUUGUAGUGCAUGAUCAUGUUAAAUAAUUAUGUUUUUGAUUGAGGGCGUAAAUCCCCAGUGAA